AGAACCGGGUGUGUCGGAUGCAGGCCAAAAGACUGCACAUCCCACUAGAUCAGUUGUAGGAAAACGAGACUAAUAAACGAUAAAGGAAGAGGAUAAACAUUCCGGUUGUAGUUCGAUCGGGGCACAACAUUGUCAUUGCUGCUAGCGAUUACAACCAACCAACAGAUCGCAGCCCUAAGAGGGUAGUCCCAGAGAUACUUUGCCGCUUUGUCGUCUAUCAAUUAGCUCUUGUUUGACGUAGGAAGCGGUGCCACAUACCGAAGAUCCAUUACCUCGAAAUCGGUAGCAAGAAAAACAAAAAGCGAAAGCUGCGUAGCGUAGCCCUUGAUUUGAAAAUAACGCUAAACACACGACGACCCAUCAAUCCCCGACGAUGUCGGCAGCCACGUCUUCUAGCGGGGGGAAGAAGCCCCUGAAAACGUUCAGCGUGGAGGAGGUGGAGAAGCACAACAAGCUCGGCGACUUGUGGAUCACUGUCGACAACAAAGUGUACGAUCUGUCCAAGUUUGCGAACGCGCACCCGGGGGGCAAGCACAUUCUCCUGGAUGUCGCUGGACAGGACGCGACGAAGCAUUUCUACGCGUUCCACGCCACUGCGGUCAUGGAAAAGUACCACAAAAAGCUCUGUAUCGGCACGGUGGAGGGCAAGGAGGAGCAAAUCUACCACCCAUUGGACGAAGACGAAGACGGAGCCACGCAGGCGACCGUGGUGGAGCAGAGCGGCGGCAUUUCGGCCGACAAGGUCGUGCCCGCGAAGAUGGACCUGAAGACCGCGCCCGUGGAGCAGCUGUUGAAGCACCCGCUGCUCUCGCGCACGCCGUUCGGCGAGCCGGCCAGCCUGAAAAAGUUUUACGCGACGCCCUACUUCACGGACUCGCACUUGCGGUUCCGCCUGGGCGUGCGGGAGUUCUUCCACUCCGUGUUGUCCGAGUGCGACGAGCUCGAGGAUUCCCAGGAGUACGUUCCGCAAGAGCUGUGGGAGCAGUUCGGCACCAGCGGAAUCUUCGCGUGCAGUAUCGGCUUGGUCGCCAUGCCCUACGCGAAAAAGUUGAACUUGACGCUCCCGGGUGGCUUGAAACCGGAAGAGUUUGACUUCUUUCACGAACAGAUCCUGCAUGAAGAGUCCAGUCGGAUGCUGCCACCCAGGUAGUAGUACUUUUUUUGCUGUAAAGCGAGCCUCUUUUUGUUUCCCUCUCUAACAGCGAUGUUUAUAAUCAGAUUUAGAGCAAAUGCAGAAAUUAAAAUCUCUUAUACGAAUCUAGGGCUGUUCAUCGCUAUUCAAUGUUCUAUAGGCAGUACUUUCGCGUCGCAGCUGCACAAUUCUCACGUUAAAAUCUAAACUACGUGCAGUGUUUCGGACGGUAUUUUUGCGGGCUUCAACAUCGGUUUGACGCCGAUCAUCAAUUUCUAUCAUGGUGCGGACAAGGAGGAGCUGGUCAGUAGCAUCCUGCUUGGAAAGAAAAAAGUGUGCCUGGCGAUCACGGGCCCGGAGGCCGGGUCGGACGUGGCCAACCACCAAACGAAGGCUACGGUCGCGCCGGACGGGAAGCACUUCAUCGUGCGCGGGCUGAAGAAGUGGAUCACCGGGGGCUGCCAGGCGGACUACUUUGUCACCGCGGUCCGGACGGGCGGCGCCGGGUUGAAGGGCAUCACGAUGCUGCUUAUCAAGCGUGAGGAGGGUAUUACGACGAAACAACUUUCGACUUCGUAUGGAAAGUCGGCGGCCACGGCAUUGGUGCAGUAUGAGGAUGCCAAGGUACCCAUGGAGGGCCGUAUCAUGGCGGUCAAGAAGGGCGACGGAUUGAAUAAGGGCUUUCAGCUCAUCAUGCUCAACUUCAAUCACGAGCGGUGGAUGAUCGUGUGCAAAGUUGUCGGUACUAUCUUUGCAUAGGGUUGAUUGAUGUUGCCUUUUUGAAAUUUCGUUUGAGUACAUCGAUCUACUCUAGCCGGGGGCGAAACGAAAAAUCAAUAGAGGUAUCUUCCUCUCUGAGCUGCAAUGUGUACGAUGCAUGACUAUCCUGUUUGACUUUUGACAUGCAACGUCAAAAGCAUCAUCUUAUGUCCCUUUGUUACUGAACUUGACAGGGGCGCAGCGGAGCGUGAUCGCGGAUUGCCUGCAGUGGCUGACGCAGCGGCAGGCGUUCGGGCGACCGCUGACUGAUCAGCCGGUGCUGCGGUUCAAAUUUGGACAGAUGGCGGCGGCGAUGGAGAGUUUGCAGGCGUAUUUGGAUUACGUGACGUUUCAAAUGAAGACUUUCUACGAUCGGGUUCGUGACGACCCUAAAACCUGGAAGACUCGGGAUUACCUCGCGGGAGAAAUCGGAUUGCUCAAGUACCAGGCCACGCGGGUCAGCACCUUGAUCGCCGACAACGGCUGUCAGCUCUUCGGGGGCCGGGCCGUCACGCGCACCGGCAUGGGCAAAAAGAUGGAGAGGUUCAAUCGGAUCUACAAAAUUUCCAGCAUAUACGGUGGCAGCGAGGAAAUCAUGGCGGAUCUCGGUGUUAGACAGGCUCUUAGGGAAUGGUCACCAGAAGAUAAGCUCAGAGCAAAAUUGUAAAAUUUUCACAGUUUCUCGUUGUUUCAAAGUAGUUAUAGCACAUAAUCAGGCAUAGGUCCUCCUCAUCGCAAUAGUUAUGCGACAUGAAUUCUUUUGCUACUUGCUUGUGUUGUUUCUGUAAGUCGAUUCGCCAGGGUUAUACUCAUUGAGUAACUCAAUGGAGUAGUUUUAUUUCAAAACUGUACGCGCUACAGAGCGCCGAGCUCGGUUUGUCAAGAUGGUGGUAAUCCUCUUCUCGCCGCCGACACUUGUGAAGUGGUAGUGCAAGAUAAUUGCCUGUUUACUUUUAGUUUUAUUUUCGAGCGGUCGGGCGGCGCUUUGUUAUUGUUUUGCGAUGAAUCGGAAGAAAUUAGUUUGGAACUGAAACACAGUGCGUGAUGUUGCCUGUGGCCAAACAGCAACAUAAAAUUUUCCAAUCGCAAUUAGAACAUCAGAUUCAAACAUCUUUUUUCAGGACACCAAAAU